AUGUGGAGCAUUGAAGAAAUUCUAGAAGGAUUACCCCUGUCCUACACGGCUCUUGCUUGCCGGCAGGAUAGGUCCACUGGCGCCUCAGGAUGGAUUAGACUGUCAGGUCAGCUCCGACAGGAUCGCGGCCACUCUUCCCGCUCCAGGUUAGGUGGCAUAGCAGAUCCGGCUCUUGAGUUGCAACCAGUUCGAUCUCCGACGCGCGGAUCGAUCCUGACCUUCAUGGCCCCGCGCAUUGGCCUGCUCCCUUCUCCACAUAUUCCUGUCCCCCACUCGGUCCUACCGAGGUUCAAUCCUCUUGUGUAUAAAUAA